AUGUGGUGCCUGUGCGCAUUACCGGUAUAUGCGGAGCUAUUUAGCGGGAUAUUUGGUGCCUGUGCGCAUUACCGGUAUAUGCUGAGCUAUUUAGCGGGAUAUGUGGUGCCUGUGCGCAUUACCGGUAUAUGCGGAGCUAUUUCGCGGGAUAUUUGGUGCCUGUGCGCAUUACCGGUAUAUGCGGAGCUAUUUCGCGGGAUAUGUGGUGCCUGUGCGCAUUACCGGUAUAUGCGGAGCUAUUUCGCGGGAUAUUUGGUGCUUGUGCGCAUUACCGGUAUAUGCGGAGCUAUUUCGCGGGAUAUGUGGUGCCUGUGCGCAUUACCGGUAUAUGCGGAGCUAUUUCGCGGGAUAUUUGGUGCUUGUGCGCAUUACCGGUAUAUGCUGAGCUAUUUAGCGGGAUAUUUGGUGCUUGUGCGCAUUACCGGUAUAUGCGGAGCUAUUUAG